AGAAGGGGAGGAGAAAAAGAGGAAACGAGGGGCGUGAGCAUAGCGAGAUCGAAUCAUCGGCUUCUUCUUCGUUUCAUCGAUCAUAGUGUCCCGCCGGCGGGAUUCAACCAAAGCAACGGCGCGAUCGCCGACGAAGAUGCGUGGGAGGAGAUGUGGAAGGAGGUCAGGGCCAGGGAAGAGGGCGCGUUACCCCCCAAUUCAUUCGCCAGCCGCAUCCGCUCCCGCCGUACUUCCUCACUUGAGCUUUCCCAACGCAAAGAGAUCGUCAGCCCUCACCAUGGUGCCGUGAAUUCACUUCAGGUUGAUUUGAUCGAAGGUCGGUAUCUGUUAUCCGGGGCAUCGGAUGCUUCAGCGGCUGCUUUUGAUGUCCAGCAUGCUACCGAUCGUGAAGGGAAUGGCCUUAUUGCAAAGCACAAGAGUCUCUUCGUUGUUGACAAGCAGCUUGAGUUUGGGCACAAGUAUGCUAUUUCUUCUGUUCUCUGGUAUCCUGUGGAUACGGGCCUCUUCGUUACUGGUUCGUUGGAUCAUCAUGUCAAAGUCUGGGAUACGAAUUCGGUUCAAGUGGUCAUGGAUUUUAAGAUGCCUGGAAAGGUUUAUGGCAUGGCUAUGUCAGCAAUUGCUACAACACACAUGCUUAUUGCUGCUGGAAGUGAAGACGUUCAAGUUCGUUUAUGUGACAUUGCUUCUGGGGCAUUCACUCAUACACUUUCUGGUCAUCGUGAUGGAGUUAUGUCACUGGAAUGGUCAGCCUCCAGUGAGUGGAUUUUGAUGACAGGAGGUUGUGAUGGUGCAAUACGAUUCUGGGAUAUAAGGCGUGCAGGGUGUUUCCUUGUGCUAGAUCAGUCACGAUCUCAGUUAGGAAGACGACCCCCAUUGUCUACCAACACAGUGAAGAAGGGGCUAACAUCAAGGAUGGCCUCUUCUGGGCAGUAUUCUGCCAAGGGCCUUGUGAGUCAGAGAAAGUCUUCUCUUGGAAAUACCAUGAAGCAGCUGCCCUCUCUGCGUAAAGGUAACUUUCUAAGCAAAGGGUCUACAGUACAGAGGCUACAUCCUGGCAUGACAUCAGGUCAAAACCGUGCAACUGCUCAUUAUGGAGCUGUUACUGGACUGAAAGCAACUGGAGAUGGCAUGUAUCUUAUCAGUUCAGGGUCAGAUUCAAGAUUAAGGCUGUGGGAUAUUGAAUCUGGGUGCAAUACAUUGGUGAACUUUGAGGCAAUGCGUCUACAGACCAGCAAAGGAAUGAAGUUGGCCGUCAAUGAUGACUCCUCCCUUGUAUUUACUCCCUGCAUGGCAACGGUCAAGGCCUACGACGUGUGGACUGGAACAGUAAAGAAGACAUUUCAUGGGCAUUAUGAAUCUGUGAACUGCUGCCAUUUUAGUUCUCUUGAUCAGGAGCUGUAUACCGGAAGCAAUGAUAGGCAAAUUCUCGUUUGGUCUACUCCUCCUGCUGCAUUUGAGGAGCAAGACGGGGAAAAGGUGUGCUCCACAGACCAAGAUAACUGGAGCGACUGAGGAAGCUUUAUUUUAAACUACGAGCUGUCAAUCCAUUUCUGCCUUCUAAUUCACUUGUACAUAUAUCACUGUACUGUGUCUCCUUUCUCCGCUUGAUAAAGACUGAAAUCAGCAUGUAGUGCUCUUGGAUUUGAAAGGCUGUAACUUGACAUGAUCAUAAAUUAUAUGGUAUAAAUGUACACACACACACACACACACACACACUUGUUAGAGGUAUUUGGAAGGUAUUUAAGGUCCAUUUCAUUUGUUGGGAAAUGAGAGCAGUUGCAGCGCCGGUGAACCACCACUUCUGGUCUGUUUCUGCUGAGUGAAUCAGUGGUGCAUGGAAGCUCGGCGGGGGACCGGUUGGAUGCUAAGGUUGAGGGGGGAGAAUUAUAGGUGAAAUUGGACAGCAGGAAUGACUUGGUGGAGAUAUGCCGAGUGGGUCAACGGGAUGACACUGUCUACGCCGGCCUCACCACCUUUGACUCGGCCGAUAUCUGUGAGCUUCUCCCCUCUCUGUUGGUGUUUUUUUGGGAUACAUGGUUCUGUUUUUAGCUGUUGAAUAUCCGUAAACGUGAGUACGCUUUGGUAAUAAAAAAAGCAAUUGAGUUCAUAUA